AUGUCUCUCUAUCAUUUAGUUUACGGUAAAGCAUGUCAUUUUCCUAUUGAGUUAGAACAUAAGGCUUAUUGGGUUGUCAAACACUAUAACUUUUCUACUAACAAUUCUGGUGUUUUAAGGAAAUUGGAGCUGAAUGAAUUAGAAGAGUUGAGACACAAUGCCUACGAUAAUGCCAAACUUUACAAGAAGAAAAUUAAGGCUUUCUAUGAUAAGCACAUUCUAAGAAAGAGUUUUCUCCCUAAUCAAAAGGUUCUCUUCUACAACUCUAGGUUCUAUGUGUUUGCCGGUAAAUUUCAAUUAAAAUGGAGUGGUCUUUAUAUUGUUCAGGCAGUGUUUGCCCAUUGGGCUGUUGAAAUCCUCAAUCCAAACAAUGGCAAUAUCUUUAAGGUUAAUGGACAAUGGCUCAAACCUUUCCUUGAACAUUUUUCUCCUGAGGAUACCACUAUCCAUUUACUGAACCCUGACUCUCCAGUCGAGUCUUGA